AUGGCCUUCAGGAUCCUCUGGGCAAGGGCCCCCUUCUGCACCGCUAGCCUUGGAAUUCUGCUCCUAAUCUACGCCCUGCCUGCUGAAGGACUAGCCCAAAAACAUGGACCUGAUAUCAUUGAUGACGACAACAAAGACAACAUAACUAUCUUCACACGCAUCCUGGAUCGUCUCUUAGAUGGCUAUGAUAACCGAUUAAGACCUGGUCUCGGAGAUACAGUAACUGAAGUCAAAACCAAUAUCUAUGUGACAAGUUUUGGCCCUGUCUCAGACACUGACAUGGAGUACACCAUUGAUGUCUUCUUUCGGCAAUCCUGGAGAGACGAGCGAUUGAAAUUUGAUGGUCCGAUGAAGAUUUUGCCCUUGAAUAACUUGCUAGCCAGUAAGAUCUGGACCCCAGACACCUUUUUCCACAAUGGAAAGAAAUCGGUGGCCCACAACAUGACUACACCAAACAAAUUGCUUCGACUGGUGGAUAAUGGCACUCUCCUCUACACCAUGAGAUUGACCAUUCAUGCAGAAUGCCCCAUGCACCUGGAGGAUUUCCCCAUGGAUGUGCACGCCUGCCCAUUGAAGUUUGGGAGCUAUGCCUACACCACGACAGAAGUCAUCUACACUUGGACUCUGGGAAAAGUGGAGGUGGCUGAAGGUGGCUCCCGCCUCAAUCAAUAUGACCUCCUUGGCCAUAAUGUGGGCAGAGAUUCCAUUGAGUCUAGCACAGGGACCUACACUGUGAUGACCACUUACUUCCAUCUCAAGCGCAAGAUUGGAUACUUUGUGAUCCAGACUUACUUGCCCUGCAUCAUGACAGUCAUUCUGUCCCAGGUUUCCUUCUGGCUCAACAGGGAGAGUGUGCCAGCCCGAACAGUGUUUGGCGUCACUACAGUGCUGACCAUGACCACCCUAAGCAUCAGUGCAAGGAAUUCCCUCCCCAAGGUGGCUUACGCAACGGCUAUGGACUGGUUCAUGGCGGUGUGUUAUGCCUUCGUCUUUUCUGCGCUGAUUGAAUUUGCUGCCGUCAAUUAUUUCACUAAGCGCAGCUGGGCCUGGGAGGGCAAGAAGGUGCUGGAGGCUCAGGAGAUGAAGAAGAAAGAGCCAGCCACGUUGGCUAAAAAAACCAACAACACCUACAACAUUGUGGGGACCACGUAUGCUCUCAAUAUCACCAAGGAGCCCAGCCUCCCAACCAUUGCCAAGAGCGCAGCUGCUCCCACAACCACACCUGCUGCUGUGGUGGUCCCCGCCAUCAAGGUGCCCCGACUGGAAGAGAAGCCUCUGGAAAACAGGAAGACCUACAACAGUGUCAGCAAGGUAGACAAAAUGUCUCGCAUUGUCUUUCCAGUCUUAUUUGCCAUUUUCAACAUGGUAUACUGGGCAACGUAUGUCAACCGGGAGUCAGCCAUCAAAGAUAUGAUCCCCAAGGAUUGA